AUGCUGUGGCUGAAGGAUGCGACACUACAGGCACAACUGCAUUCUGUCAUCCAAGCAGACCAAGCAGAAGUCUUGGUAGCCUCGUCCGGCGAGCACGGGAGCCAGUUGGCAUCCACGCAUCAGGAUGAUCCAAACGCUUCUCUCGCGCAUGAGGCGACUUCUGACAUCGCGGCUAGACAGCAAAGGGAGCUGGAGUCCUUGAGAAGCCAGCUCGCAUCCAGGAUUGCUUCGAGCAAAGAAGCCGAGAUCCUGCAUAGUCAGAGGCUAGAGUCCAUGCAGACGGAGCUUGCAAACACGGCUUCCCUACUCAAUGAGGCGAGGGUGACCAAAGGACAGGUUGCUGGAGAAUUGGCAUCCAGAAUUGUGAUGCUGGAGGAAGCAGAAACCCGGCACAAGGGUUCGAUGGAGUCCAUGGAGAAAGAGCUUGCAUACACAUAUUCCAUGCUGGAAGCAGCAGAAGCCGCCAAUCAAAAGGUUGCAGCUGAACUGGCAUCAAGACUUGCUGUACACGAAGAUGCAAAGACGAUGCACAAGCAGAGGCUGGAGUCCAUGGAGAAGGAGCUUGAAACAAUGACGGCUUUGCUGUCAGAAGCAGAGGCAGCCAAACAACAAAUGACAAGCGAACUCGUGUCCAUGAAUGCGUCGCAGGACGCUGAUACGCAGCACCGUCAGAGGCUCGAGAAGGAGCUAGCGAGCACCGGUGAGUUGCUCACCGAAGUGCUUGCAGAAGCAGAUGCCGAAAAAAGCAAAAUCGCAGGGGAGCUGGCAUCCAAAAUUGCUUUGCAUGAAGAAGCCGAGACUUGGCAUGCGCACACUCUGGAAUCCGUGCAGAGAGAGCUUGCAAGCAUGACUGCUUUGCUCAAUGAAUCAGAGGAAGCCAAAGAAUCGAUCUCAGCCGAACUGAACUCUCUGCGUGAUGCGACGUACACGGCGAACACACUGUUGGCACUCAGCCGACAACACUAUCACCAAGUGCUCCUAUCGCAGCUUCCUCUUAUCCCGCCUCAGGCCACAGUGAUCUCCAGAGACUUGGCCUGGGAUGAGCCGAAAAAUAAGGCUCUGACCGAGAUGUUCCAUGCCUCGAUGGUUAAACAUAGAGUUUCCUCUAGGUCAGGAUGCUGGUGCUCUGCACCCAGAGUUUCAGUGACUCGAAUCUGUGAGCUGUUUCAUGCGGACAAGCAACAAGAGUACGAGCAAGCCCGGCGCGCCAGAUGUGCUCGGGGCGCCAAUGACUGUACGAGGAUCCAUGGCAUGACAGCUAUGAAAUGCGAAGUGCCGCCGUACUGGAAGGACAUGAACGAAUACCUGUUGUAUCACGGAACGAGCUUUCGGAAGGCAGAAGGCAUCCUGCGAACAGGUUUCGAUCCCCAGCGUGGCGGCGAUAUGACAGGCUCCCUGUUCGGUAAAGGCACCUAUUUCGCUCAAAAUGCGUCAAAAUCGGAUUUUUACACCACAUGCAGCGAGUGCGCCUCAGAUAACUUCAAGGAGUGUCGCCAUGCCCAGGGUGAACGGUGCAUACUAGUGGCACGAGUGUUGCUUGGAGAGAGCUUCGUUGAAACGGCCCUUACUGUAGACACGAAGCAUUGGAUCAAAGCACCAGACCAGCCCGACGGCACUCCGCACGACUCUGUCACUGGAGCAUGUAGAGCCGAUGGGGGGGUUGUGGAUCACAUGGAGUUCGUGGUGUUCAAAGAGAGCAGAAUGCAUGUACAGUUCCAGAUAUUCUACGCACAUGUUGCGAGCUGCAACUGCAGCAACUGUAUUCAUCGUCGCAGGCAAUAG